AUGUUCAAAUUCGUGAUCCUGGUCGCCUUGUGCUUGACUGCCACUAGUGCCGGACACAUUGGUUUUCCUCUGGCGUACAGUAGUUACGCCGCUGCACCAGCGGUCACCUACUCCAGCCCAGCUAUCGUCAAGACGGCAGCAGUGCCAGCGGCUGUGUCGUACAGCAAUUUCGCGUCAGCUCCAGUCGCCUAUUCGAGCCCAGCCAUCGUCAAGACCGCUGUUCCUGCAGCUUACUCCGCUUUCUCAGCGCAUCCAGUUCCUCUGGCUUACAGUGCACCUGCGUGGUAA